GGUCUUGAAUGGUUUACCAUUGCUGGCCCCAAGUCUCAGUUGUUACCGCAAGCCCAUUCCUCUACCAUGAGUGUGGAGCAGCUAAAAUCCACAGAUCCACAUGUACCUUGAGGUGACAGACUGGCUCUGGUUACGUUGGUCAGUCUCAUUUACUUUUACAUAAGAAGUCGCCCCCAGCUGUCCACGUUAUUGGCCACCGCUCGUCUCCUCCUGGAGCGGGUGUAGACACAGGCCGGGCCGUCUGAAGGCGGAAGACGCGCGUAGGAAGCGGAGAACAAGUUGAAAUCAUCGCAGAAGGAUAAAGUUCGUCAGUUUAUGAUCUUCACACAAUCUAGUGAAAAAACAGCAGUAAGUUGUCUGUCCCAAAAUGACUGGAAGUUAGAUGUUGCAACAGACAAUUUUUUCCAAAAUCCUGAACUUUAUAUACGAGAGAGUGUAAAAGGAUCACUGGACAGGAAGAAGUUAGAACAACUAUACAAUAGAUACAAAGAUCCUCAAGAUGAAAAUAAAAUUGGAAUAGAUGGUAUACAGCAAUUCUGUGAUGACUUGGCACUCGAUCCAGCCAGCAUUAGUGUGUUAAUCAUUGCAUGGAAGUUCAGAGCAGCAACACAGUGUGAGUUCUCCAAACAGGAGUUCAUGGAUGGCAUGACAGAAUUAGGAUGUGACAGCAUAGAAAAACUAAAGGCCCAGAUACCCAAGAUGGAACAAGAAUUGAAAGAACCAGGACGAUUUAAGGAUUUUUACCAGUUUACUUUUAAUUUUGCAAAGAAUCCAGGACAAAAAGGAUUAGAUCUAGAAAUGGCCAUUGCCUACUGGAAUUUAGUGCUUAAUGGAAGAUUUAAAUUCUUAGACUUAUGGAAUAAAUUUUUGUUGGAGCAUCAUAAACGAUCAAUACCAAAAGAUACUUGGAAUCUUCUUUUAGACUUCAGUACAAUGAUUGCAGAUGACAUGUCUAAUUAUGAUGAAGAAGGAGCAUGGCCUGUUCUUAUUGAUGACUUUGUGGAAUUUGCACGCCCUCAAAUUGCUGGGACAAAAAGUACAACAGUGUAGCACUAAAGGAACCUUCUAGUAUGUACAUAGUCUGUACAAUAAAUACAACGGAAAAUUGCACAGUCAAUUUCUGCUGGCUGGACUGAACUGAAGAUCAAUCCUCAAAAUUCAGACUGAGGGUUGAGAUAAAACUUUAAGGAUACAUCUUGGACCAUAUCAUAUUUCAUCCUUCUAAUGGUGGUUUGGGCUUGUCUUCUAGUCUGGGCCGCUCUAAACAUUUAUAAUUCCAACAUUGUGGAUUUCAUCUUAUAUCUGUGGAUCAUCCUAGUUUAUUCUCCCAUAAGUCUUAGAAGCUUUAUGGUGAUUAUUUUGAGGUUUUUCAUUCUUGCAUAAAGCACAAUGCUGUCUUCAUCAGAAAACAGUUUGGCAUAAGAAUUAAACAUGAACAUCACAAACAAUUAUAAAAACUUCUAAACUAUAUGCUUUGGGCUAGUUGCAAAGACUAUGCUGAUAGCACUUCCAAUGAGAGUGAUAUAUUUAAGUGUACUGGAUAUGGAAUGGUGUUUUGGUUUGGGGGGAUUUUUUUUUUCUGGCAAAUCACAUGUAUUGUUGAUGUGAGUAGAGUAUCCAAUGAAAAAAUGUCAAAAUAACCAACGUGAAAAAUUUUUAGGAAGACUUGGUGUGCCUACCUGAAAAAUUUAUGGUGUUUCAGACCCGUGAUUUCAAAAGGUUCCACAGAACUAGUCUGCACUUACCUUACUUUGUUCAUAUAUAGUUGUCCUACAGGGAACUUUUAUUUAGAAAAUAACUGCAUAAUGUUAGAUUCCACUCUUGUCUACAUUAUGCAGUACAUAAUUGGAUUUCAUUAUGAUUUUGAAAUGCUUAUAUGCCUGUCACAUAAGUUAAACUAUUUAAUUUGUUUUGAAUGUUUUAGAUUGCUACACAAUACAAUAUUCUAAAUUUA